UUCUGUUUACUCUAUCGCGAUUAAGUGUCAUAUAAAAGCCUGGAAACUUCAAGGAUGUUAUUUUGUUGUUGUUUUGUAGUUUGAAAAAAUAAUAUAGAGCUCCCUCGGCAGCAUAACAUUUUCUGUAUACUCUAUCGCGAUAAGGUGUCAUAUAAAAGCCUACACACUUCAAAGAAAAAAAAAUACUGUCCUUGCUACGUGUUGUGUGAGUGUGUUGAUGAUGGUGCUGUUAUAUUGAAAGAAGUUCAAAUCCAGCAGUAACGAUAUCUUAUUUUUUGCUGUGCCGUGGAAAGUAUCACAUAAAUCCUCGAACAAAAUAUAAUAAUGAUAUAGAACAAAGACGUAUUGCGUGUGUUGGUGGUGUUAGCUAUCGUUAAUGUUUGUUUGUUUUAGUAUGAAAGAAAAGUUCAAUGCCCUCAGUAACUCCUUUCUCUAAUCACCACAGCGGGAAGCAGUGUUAUAGAAAGCCUUGGGGGGUAAAAAAGGAACAAUGUGGACCAAUAUCCUUAGUGCUCCUUACCUAGUUGCGGCCAAUAUUAAUCUUCCCCACACGUAAAAAAAAAAAAAAAAUCCCUUUACCUGCCCGGCUGUCCACCUGUCCACCUCUCCCCCACGCUAACGCCAAGGCCACACCCGCCGCGCCUUGGAGAGCGGCUGCCAAAUAAACAAACCCUCUAAUGAAUAUAAGUGCUAAGUGCUUCUAAUCCUGUGGCUCAUCGUAGCACCGUUUUGCUCGUCCUCUUUAACUCAAGCAUAUGCGGAGAGAUAUUUUACUUCACGUUUUGGGGGCUUCUUACUUUAAGCUUUUUGGUUACUUAUGUUCAUGAAUUACUUUUAAACAUGCGGUGUAAAAAGUGUUUAUGAUGCGCGGUAAUCGAUGCGCCUUUGAAGGAAUCAGGUUAACAUGAGACAACACCCAAGGCACACGAGUUUGAAGCGCACAUUAGCCAAGGUGAGGAAUUAUUUACAGCUGCACGAUGGGACGGAUUAUUGCGGGAAGGAUGGGGAGCCUUUCGCCUGAUUACAAGGAGACGCUGAUGAGGGGUACAACAGGAGCUUUGUCAGGGAAGGGGACGCGAGUGCCGCUGUAUACGUGUGUUCGCUGCGGCCCAGAUCUGAAGGUGGGACGAACACAGCGGCGUGAUUGUCUGACAGAAAUUAGGAAAAUCGGUCAUGGGUGAAUGGAAAUCUUUAAAAGAAUGUGCCGGGAGGGAGAGUGUUGACACUGAACUCUUUUUACAUGCAUCAAUCAUCCUCAAAUGACUCGUUCUAUAUUUGCCUUUUACUAUGUGUGUGGGCGAAGUUUGCCUGUGGCGGCGGAGCGCGUGGUGCCUUCCGUCCCAAGACGUUGUGCACGUAAUCUUGACGAGUCGCGCAGAGUUUAGUGUUGCGUCUUGUUCAUCAUAGUCUUGUCCCAAAGGAAGACUGUGACCACUGAGAGUUCACGAUGAGGCCGCGAGUGUGUGCCAAGAGACAAAAUGAGUGAGGGCGUGGCUCCCCAGCCGCCGUCCGACACCCUCCCCCGAGACCCCAGUGAUUAUCAUCUCGACGCGUUCCACAUCACCGUGAGUGAGCCCCUCACCUCCCACAGCAGGAGGGACCAGCCCCUAACAGACUGCAGGAGUGACAGUCCCGUAACCAGGGCUAAAAGAGGCCUCGUGGGGGUCUCCAUCGCACGAGCCUUCAGGAAGGUGUUCAGGAGCCGCACUCCGUCACCCAGCACAGACGAGCGAGAGGAGGAGCGGGAGGAAGAGCCCAACUCUGAGCCCGAGGACGCCAAGCUAGAGACGUCGAGUGACUCCGAAUGUCAACAUGCGGACUCCUGUGAACCCCAGCCUGAGGUGAAGGGGCUGCCGGUGCUGUCCGCCCUCAACAACAACAGCGUCCUAAGCUCACCCACGGAAGACGUGAGCAGUCCUAUCAUGAAGGACUUCUUGUCGCCUCACACCCCGGUGCUAGGCAAGUCCCAAACCUACUCGGCGUUAUCUGAGGCUCUCCACCAUGCUUUCCUUGAGGGCAUGAUCUGCAGCGGCGCGGAAGACAUCAGUAUAUUGUCCUGCGACGACCUUCAAAGCCAAAGUAGUAAAAGCGACAAUGACUACGCUCUCACUAAGUCUAUAGAUUACUCGCUAAACAACAAGAAGAGUGCGAGCUGUGUGUUGACCGAAGUGAGAGAGAGCCUGAAGAAGACCCUUGAGCACCGUCCCUCCAUAGCCGUGCCCUCCGCCUCCACCAAGCCAGGCACCUUCCCCGAGGCCUGUGACGCCCCCACCGACGACGACAGCAGUUCCUACCAUAGUCAGGAGGACAAGCAUGAAUCACACACAUCUCAGGACCAUGAACCAAAGAGUCUCCUCGGUAACCUCUUCUCUUCGCGGCGGCCGUCCCUGGCGCCUCAUGCUGAAGAUGCUAAGCACGAGGAAGCGGGGGCGCCUCAGGCCAGCCCGCGACUGAAGCUAAAGGAGAGUUUUGCCCACGAGCACAAGGGGCACAAGAAGCUCGGGGAUAAGCUAAGCAAGGUGGCAGGGUACCUCCAGCGCGGCGGGUCUCGCCUGGCGGAGCAGCAGCGGCGCCUCAAGAGCCAGAUCUGGAGCUCCGUGGUGACCAUCGUGCUGGUGGAGGGCAAGAACCUGCUGCCCAUGGACGCCGACGGCACCUCCGACCCUUACGUCAAAUUCAGACUUGGAAAUGAGAAGUACAAGAGCAAGGCUGAUUUCCACACCCUUCACCCCAAGUGGCUGGAACAGUUUGACUUCCACCAGUUUGACGAGCAGAGUUCAAAUCUUGAAAUCACUGUCUGGGACAAGGAUGUCAGGACCAAGGAUGACUUCAUGGGCAGGUGUGUUCUUGAUAUUUCGAAGUAUGAGAAGGAGAAGACUCACCAUAUCUGGGCGCCUCUCGACAAAGGCGCCGGCUCCGUCUUCCUCCUCCUCACAAUAUCUGGCAUCACGUCCUCAGAAACCAUAUCAGACCUUCACUCCUUUGAUGACAACCCCAAGGAACUUCAGAACAUGGCUGCCAAUUAUAAAUGGACUCGAACACUGCAUAAUGUCAAGGAUGUUGGGCACUUAAGGGUCAAGGUGUUCAGGGCACAAGGCCUUGCAUCAGCUGACAUUGGUGGCAAGAGUGACCCAUUCUGUGUGUUAGAACUUGUCAAUGAUCGCCUUCAGACACAAACUGAGUACAAGACUCUCUCUCCAAGCUGGAACAAGGUCUUCAACUUCAAUGUCAAAGACAUACACAGCAUUUUGGAGGUAACAGUCUACGAUGAAGACAGAGAUCAUAAAGUGGAAUUCCUGGGCAAAAUUGCAAUUCCAUUACUGAAGAUCAGGAAUGGAGAAAAGAAAUGGCAUGCUUUGAAAGACAAGAAGCUGAGGAUGAGAGCAAAAGGACUCAACCCAGAGAUUUUAUUAGAAUGUACAAUAUAUUGGAACCCCUUACGAGCAGCUGUGAGGACUUUCAUGCCCAAGGAGGAGAAGUUCAUGCAGGUGGAGCAGAAGUUCAAGAGACAGGUGUUCAUAACCAAUGUGAACCGGUUGAAGGCAUGCAUCAUGGACUUCAUUGAGGGUGGAAAGUUUAUUAAGUCUUGCUUUGAGUGGGAGUAUCCAAUCAGGAGUACUUUUGCCUUCAUUGCUUUCAUGGUGGGAACUUACUGCUUCGAGCCCUACAUGAUCCCCAUCAUCCUCUUGAUUGUGUACCUUAAGAACUACAUUGUGUUGGCGAUAGUGGGAACUAUGUAUCACCGUGAGGAGGAUACUGACAUCUCUGUGGAUGAUGAUGAAGUUGAUGACGAUGAAAAAGACAAGAGUGGGAACGCAGAGGUAAGGAUAAGGCAUUAUGAGAAGGAUGACUCUGGCAGGUAUAAUACACCCACUAACCCCUCCAGAGAGGAGGAAAAGAAGUCACUCAAGGAGAGGCUACAGGCCAUACAAGAGGUGACUGCAACUGUCCAAAAUGCCAUAGGUGCCAUUGCAUCCCUCUUUGAAAGCGUCAACAACACCUUCAACUUCUCCGUGCCAUUCCUCUCAUGGUUACUCAUCAUUGUACUGUUUGUGGGCACCUUUGUCCUGUACUAUAUCCCCAUUCGCUACCUGGUGAUGCUCUGGGGUGUUAACAAAUUCACUCGCAAACUGAUCCGGCCACAUGCAGUCAUCAAUAACGAACUACUAGACUUCUUGUCACGAGUUCCUGAUGACGAGACUUUGCGGGAUUGCCGAGAGCUGCGUAUGGUGGCACAGCUCCAUGAUGAUAAAAGAAGAGAUAAUCGUAAAAAGAAACAGAGCUAAUACCCUGCAUCAGGGAGUGCAUGUCGGCGAUGAGUUGAAUUUCAACUAGAUGAUAGUUAUGACCAAAGCUAAAGUAUGAGUUAAUGUGUUGAGAAAACUUUUAAAAGGAAAGGAAGCUUGGCAAAUUAGGACACACUUUAGUAAAUUAGAAUGUUUGGAGUUAGUAGUUGAAGAUUUGUGUAGCUAACACUUUGAGGCCAGCAAGAAUAUUAUUACUACUACUACUACCAGUACUCUUACUACUGCUAUUACUACUACUUGAAAUGUAGUUAGUGCCAAGUCCAUUUGUUGAAAGUUGUAUUCCAACAUUCUAAUAGGGUGUGUGCAUGAAUGUGUGUGUGUGUGUGUGUGUGUGCACGCACAUACAAAUGUGUGUGUAUGUGAAAAUAUGUCAUUUUGCAGUAGAGAAGUUUCUAGUGUGCAAAUGGUUGAAUAGUUGAGAAGAAGCCAGUUUGUGAAUAUAUUGUGUCCAUUCAUGAAUGGAAGCAUUUUGUGCUUUUAUUGGAAUGGUAUACAGUACCAUAGGGAAUGUAAAGCAAAAAUUGGAAGAGAUUUGAAGUAUACGCAAGUAUACACAGGAAAAUUUGUAGCUUAAUACAUAAUGAGUUAUUUCCAGGCACAUGGGCGUGCUGAUCUUCAGUGUGGUGACUUAAGAGGCCAGUGUCACUGAGCUUAAGGAGUCAGCACAGGCAAGGUCAUGCUGGGUCAGGUAGGUUGUGAGAGAGCAGCCUCGUAAAAUGCAUUUUUGUAUGAUUGUAUUAAUUGUUGUUGUUAUUGACAGUCUUUCAUAUAUCUUUGUAUUGCUCUUUUAUAAAAAAGAAUUGCAAAUAUUUAUAGGAAGUGAUUCUGCAGUGAUGUUGCCAACUUUUAGAUGUAGGUGAAACAACUUUGUUAAUAUUUUGGUAUUUAUAGUGUUUGUGUAUUAUUAAAGAAAGGUCACUAAUCAGUGAAUCACAUGACUAUUAAGGUUCAGAUAAUAUGAGGCCAGUCUCAAAGCUCCAUCCAGUAAUCAGGAUUUUUUUAUCAAAUCUAAAUUGGAUCACAUUUUCAAAGAUUUGUGCAUGGAUUUCAUAUAGUAAAUCAUGCCAAAAAGUUCAUUUCAGCCUAGGUCACCCGUGAUGUAUGAAAAAAAAAAAAGGGGAAUGGGUAAACUUUUCUUCAUAGCCUGUGAUAGCUAUUAAGUGGUUAGUUAAUUUACGGGAUUAGAAUAUCAAUUGUCAGUUGCACAACUUUUUUAAUUGCUUGCUUCAGUGUGUUGAGAACCAGGAAGAUGUUUUCCCUGAGCACUUCUGGAACAAAUUUCUCAAAUAAUUUAUUACACUUUUUUAGCAUUACUCAGGUGAUUUUCUACACAUUCCCAAAAGGGCUAAAGCCUGGCAUUAGCCAAAAAUAUUGGCAUUUUAAAAUGGAUGGGGAUUUUUAUUUUGCUUUAUAGGUUAUUCUGAUUUACAUUACCAUAUCAGAUAUUGUACAAUAAGUAGGUGCAGAUCAUUGGGUUAGUGUUUUCCUAGUUAGGUAGUUCUGACUGCAAUGGUUACAGAUGAAAGUAAUACAGGACAGUUUGUGAGAGGGCCAUGUCACAGAUUCCUUUAAUGCGAGUCUUGUGGACAUUAUGCACAAGUCUGUUUUAGGUGUUGUGAAUAUAAAUAUAUAUUGAAGUUUAUCCUCAAUUUACAGGUUUAUCUAGUCAAUCACUCAUUUUUGUAAAUUACAGAGAUGUCACAUCGUCAAAAGUAGUAGGUUAAGGAUGUAUAAACUGUAUGUACCAUUUCUAACGUUACACUUUUAUAAGUCUCAUAGUGUGCAUUCUCAAUACUUUUAGAGGCAGUAAGAUUUACCUUUGUUUAUUUCAUAUAUAUAAUUUUCUGUUUGUUAGUUUGUUAUAAGGUGAAGGGAGUUUGUGUGUUUUAGAAUUUUAAACAUCAAAUUUAUAUGUUUACAGAUUACCUGUGAUAACCAAGGUUGUUUAAGAUAAUGCACCUAUACUUGAAUAAUUUUUCCCUAAGUUGGUUGUCUUAAAACAUGAAUUGUAUCACUAAUGCCCCAGUCCAGAAGUUAUCCCUGUAGGGGCUGUUCAGCAAAUGCUUUUAUUCAUUCUGUAAGCAGUUAUCUUGCAAAAUUAUUUUUUAAGUAAAUGAAAAAUCAUGAUUAUGAAAAGCCUUGCUUCUUGUCCAAAGCAGACUAUAAUUGUUUGAGAUUUGUACAUUCAAGGGUUAUGAUCUACAAGUAGUAGUAUAGUUUUAAAGAUGGUUAAUCUUGUUAAAAAGAAAAGGCUAAUUGACAAUAAUGCAUUGACAAGUUCUUUAAUGUGGGCUGGUGCACUUGUAACUGAUCCACACAAACUAAAACUUGUCAGUAUAAUUAAUUGAAAUGAUACAUUCUAUUUUGAUACAUAAGUGCACUGUUACAUUGUUUAAAAGUUAAACCUUUCCCUGCCUGCCUUCAUCAGUAAUGCAAAUUUGCAUUUAAGUCGCUCAUUUUAAUUCCAUAAAUUAAAAUGAUUGAAAUUAAUCAUGGACAGGAAGUUUGUCAUCAAUUUACAAAAUGGGAAAGCCAAGUUGGACUAGGCACAGGAAACUUCUAGGUAAUUCAGCCACUUGAGAAAGGGAGCAAGUAUAGAUUUUGAAUAUUGUUACUAGAUAGUUCCCUAAGACAAAUGGUUUGUGAAGGCUCCAAAAACAACAAAAAAUGUUGUUGCAGAAAAGCAGUUAGUCAAAUAACAUGAGGCACAUAGAUAACAAACAGCUAUGCAGGAAUGGUUUCUAUCUAAUCAUCCUCUACUUGAAGUUUCCUCAGAAUUCGAUGCAUCAGCCAUGGCUUCAGCACUGCAGUUUAGCAAUGAUAUUGCUGGGUAGCAGCCAAUGGGAAAGUAUUGCCACAAACUCUGGAAGAUGUUUAUGAGAGAAUCUAUUGCCGACAGUUGUAGCCACAAUAGAUUUAUAAGAAAAUGAAAGGAUUGUCAUCCUCACAAAGGGAUAGUUGCAACCAUACCAAUAAUGAGUUCAUACCGGCUAGAAUGGGGACACAUCAGGAUGGGGAAGAGGCGUCCAAUGGAAUAUUGAUUAUAAACAACAGAAGAGGGAUUCUAUUAUGGGUAUCUGUGAGUUCUGGUUUGCUGUAUUUAUCAUUCAUAUUUCAUAGCAUCAUAUCACUGCCAAAUAAUCACAUAUAUAAACUUUCAAAGUUGCUUACCUCCCACAUUCCAUACAUUGAAUCAUUCCUACUCAUAGCUGUUUGCACAUUCUGCAAAUUUUCUUUUUGUUCACUGCUGUCUUCUCCCCUCAGCUCAUUGGUCUUGCAUGGAUACCACAUCCAACCUUCACAAUAAUGUAAAUCUCUUGCUACCUUGCCUUGCUUAUGUCUACCAACAGAAAAAUGUCAUUAGAGUCUGCUUCAUGUAAGUCUACCAUUUUCAGUCAUCAUACCAGGAAGCAUCUGCAGUCGGGGAGCCUGCCGUCAGUGAUGGGUGCAGGGCAAAGCCUAUGGGACCCUGCAUCUCGAAGGAGGAAUUGCCCCCUAGCCUCUCCUUUUGUUGUGGGGGUGGCCGGGGUGGUGCAGAGGCUGCGCCUGCCCGUAGAACCAGACCCGGGGUUAACCUGCGGAGGGCUCUGUGUGUGGGCUCCUGGAACAUCUGGAGUCUCUCGGAAAAUGAUCGACUGCCCAACCUAUCAAAUGAGCUCAGAAGGCUGAGGGUGGACACCUACUACUGGUCCAGCAUGAGCAGCUUCUGUCUUAAGGGGGCAGCUAUGGGCAUCUCCAGCCAACUGUUGCCAUUUGUGGUUGAGGUUACUCCAGUUGAUGAGCGUAUAAUGUGAGUGAGGCUGAAGCACACAUUGGGCUUCAUGUCUCUUGUUACAGUGUGCGGUCCUACCGAGAUGUGUGAAACUGAAGAGAUGCUCUACACCAAACUCGACUCGAGAGUCGCUGGAAAUUUUGGUGAUGGCUCUCAAGGCACUGCACGAGGAGGCAAAACACUUGGGACUUUAGGUCUCCUGGGCCAAGACCAAGGUACAGAUGUUUGGAGGCUUGCUAGAUGAAACAGUACAGUCUGUACAUGUGUGUGGCGAGGACAUCGAGAUCUCGAAAAGCUUCACAUACCUUGCUAGUGUAGUUCAGAACAUAGGUGAGUCUUGUCAGAAAGUCUUAAUGUCGACUUGGCUUGGCCCACAGUGUUAUGGACUCGCUCAGCACGAGUAUAUUGCAUUAUUGAUACCUGUGCAAAAGGACAAAGACCUGUAUCUUCAAGUCCCUUGUGCUCCCUGUCUUACUCUAUGGUUGUGAGAUAUGGACACUAAAUGGGGACUUGGAGAGGCGGAUUGAUGCCUUUGGUAAUAAAUGUCUACGCAGAGUCAUCGGCUAUAGCCGGAAUGACUGUGUCAAACCAAGUAGUAGGUGGCAGGAGCCAGGGUUAAAAGAGUCCUCUUUUAAUUCAGGCAGGAGCCACACAGGUCUCUUGAAAGAGCCACAUGCGGCUCCGGAGCCGCAGGUUGCCAACCGCUGGUCUAGUGGUUAGCGUGCCUAACUACGAAUCCACAGGCUCGGGUUCAAAGCCUGGCCCUGGCAGUUGGCAUGCAGCUCACCCGGAUGUUUAUCCUCCCUUUUGGGUGAUAAAUGGAUACCUGGGGAAACCUGGGAGGUAAACUGUGGCAACUCGGAUGUUGAAUCGAUUCAAUGUGCUCGGCGCCCGUGAGGACCCUGUAGAACUGUGGGAUACCUUAAUACAUGAAACUCAAGCUUCAAAGGAGUGCAUUGGAGAGUGCCCAAAAUCUAGGAGUGGUUUUAUCUCAGAGGAGACACUGGAAAAUACUGACGAGAGUUGCGCUACCAGGCUUGCUGGGGAUCGGGUCCGUUAUAAAGCUUUGUCACGCUGGACUAGAACUUUCCUGAGGAGAGACGAGAGGAGGUAUGUCAGAAGUCGCUGAGGGCAUCAAGGGCCAUCUCAAGUACAAAUGACCUCUAGCCUGCUUAGUGAGCCCUGAAAAAGCUCUGCUCCAAGCCUCCCUCUCAGGUUAGCACUAUCUGAACAGCAGAUGGUUGACUUGUGUUGGACAUGAAUGGGCAGAGGAGUCAUUGGGCAGAGUACUUUGAGCAGCUGUAGAUGGUGGAUCCUCCAAGUGGGCAGCUUCCAGCUACUGGGUUGCAGGUAGCGGAUGCUGAUCCACCCAUCAACAAAAGCCCGCCCUUUCUUGACGAGGUCAGAGAGGCUGUGGCAAAGUUGAGGGGUGGAAAGGCAUCUGGUAUCUGUAACAUCAGUGCAAAGCUGCUAAAAGUGAGGCCGUGAUCUGUGGGUUGCAUGUAGUCUUAACUGCAACUAUAGCAAUUGGGUAUAGAAGCUGACCCUGCUCGCUGGAUUGUUUCUGUAAGAGACAACCCUGAGUGGAGACUAAGGGGAUACCAACUGAACUUGUAGCUUGAGUAAGUCGAUAGAUAUUGCUGUGUUUGGAAUGGGAAGGGGGCCUGCAGUGGGACUUCCCUGCGUAUGCCCUCAUUAAUGGAUUGAUUGAUACCUGGAGUCUUAAAUUUCUCAAGUCUGUCUCCUUUACCUGUACCCACUCUUCCCUAUACCACUUUUGUCUCUUACAUUUUUCCCAUUUCCACAAUAGCUGGAUACGUCAUUUACUUUUAAUCUUGUUGCCAUCAAUUAGGAUUUUUAAAAUACAUGUGUGCAUUUAGUUAACUGACUUACAUAUUUGUCUCACUUAAACAACCAUAAAGUCACAUAGUCAGAUCUGUAUGUGAAAACAGCACUGGGACCCUAAAAACUCCCACAGCUUCAGUAGUUUGCCUAUGGCACCAAAGAAAAAGGUACAUUGUUCUUAUUUCUUUGUCAUACUUGCAUUGGCUGAAAAGUACAUUUGGAUAGACAUACCAAAGUAUUUUAAUGGGCAAUCUGCUUCCCUGAAAAAUAACUUGUGGAUCAGCACAGUUUAUUGUGCUUAUUAUUAGUGAGUUAAAGAUGACUCAUCACGAUGGAAAGUUAAUGCAAAUGAACUUGUGUCUACAAAACACUUAUUGACCUUAGAGUAUCUUUUAAUCUCCUUGCAGCUAGAGGGCUCUUGCAUCAGCAACUGAGGUGCUUUACAUCUAAAAGUAAAAAUAAGCACAUUUCCAAAAUAUUAUCACCAUUUAAACUCAAUUUACAUUAUCAUUCAAAUACUAGGCAGAUACAACUAGUAUCAUUCAACAAAGUUUACCAGAUUGCAGCAGUAAACAAGACACCAGAAAGUUUGAUUGAUCACCUACAAAUCAGUAUUAGGUACAGUCAUUCACAUCAAACACAAGUGGCACUACAGAUACUCAGGGAAUGUAUAAUUUGAUAGUGUGUAGGCAAGUGAGUGUAAAAACUAACACAUCACAUCUUCAAGAGAGUCAGUAUUAGUGUAAGAAAUAAGAUUUCAAAUUUCUUCUCAACAUAAAAUACUUUAAUAAUAUCCAAAAGAUAGCUACCCUAGGGAAAUGGAAACUAUCUGCCUCUUCCUCAAUCCAUUAUUUGUGAUACUGUAAGGGAAUUUUAACUUAUCAAUGGGGGCUCAUGAACAUGGUGAUAGUGAUGGACUGGGUCUAGCUGUGUAAUUGGGGCGAGGCAGACAUCAUUCACUUACGUGCUCUCAGCCUGAGCAAAUUAAUGCCUGAUGAGCAGAAGACCAAGGUACUGGGUGCAUCAGAGAGUCAGAACCAGAUUUGAACACUGACAUGUUUUGCCUGAAAUUCACUCCACACUCCACACGACCUCUGCUUGUCACAAAAGACACAAGAAAUGAAUCCAGACAAGGAAAGGGUUUUACCGGCGCCGGGGAUCAAACUUGCGACCAGCGAGAUGGGAAAGGCACUCCUUAACGAGUCAGCCAAAGAGGUAACCCCCUCUCAGAGUGAGUUAUGGGAGGCCCUUUUGUCAGGCGGGUCUGGCACUACAGGCAGACAUGGGUUUUUGUUCUCUGGUAAUUGCUUUAUGCUAAGUAAUGUUAAAUCAAAUUCCGGUUAUAACAAAAAUGCAGCAGAUGAUUAGAAAUUUCUACAUAUGUUACUGAUCCAUUAUUAUGGCAAUAUUUUUAAGAGGCUAAUUGUCUACAGGGAACAGAUAAAAAAGUUAAUGGACAUUCACAAUCUUGCCUGCUGUUUGCUUUCUAGUAUUCAUAAAUUUAUAAGAAUAAUCAGUCUUCAUUUUACCCCAUUUCCUCUAGCCAAAGUGAGAGAUCAAAUUGGCCUCAAAAAUAUUGCUAUGAUGAUAUUAUAAUAAAAAUGUGAAAAUUUCUCAUAUCGGUUGCAUUCUUGUUAUGGCUGUAAUUUAAUCUUACAUUAUGUAUCAUAAAACACUACAGGAGAACAAAAAAAAACAUGUCUGCCAGUGUUCAACUCUGUUUCUGAGUAUCUGAUACACCCAAUUCCCUAGUCUUCUACCCGUCAGGCAGAAAAAGACUGAGGUGGCCAAUCUGCAACUAUGUUUUGUAUUGCUUCAUCAGAAAAUGUCCUAAACGGACUUGAAAUUUCAUAUAUGAAACAAAGUUGCAGAUUGGCCACCUUAGACUUUUUCUUUGCCACAACUUGCUCUUUGUUGAUGUAUGCUUUGGACAAGAUGAUGUAGUAUUUACUCAUUUCAAAUAAUCAAGUGAUUUCCCAAGGAAUAUAAUGUUAGGCCAUAAGAUUGAUACAUUGUCAGUUACUGUCAGUCUGUAAAACAGCUUUGUACGUACAAGGUUUUUCCUAGGUAGGUUAUCAAAUAGAGAAAAGCAAGUACAUGUUUUGGUUACUCAACACCUCAAUGCCAUAUGAGCAUUUAAGGAUAUAAUCAAAUAUGAACAGAGGUCAGCACUGAAUCUGUUCCUUUGGUCUGCACAAAAGGAAAAGUGCUUAUACUUACUCUCGUUUGCUUUUCUGAAAAAGCUGUGAGGUGAAAUACCAUAUUGUUCCAUUCAAAUAAUUUGCUGUUUCAAUAUGACGAAGAAAGCAUUGCUCACCUUGUAUUUCUUGCAAAGCUAAGCCACUGAAGGGAACACCUAGCAACUCUAGUUUAAUUUUGUCAAGCUGAUGUAAGGAUCAAUAAAAUCAAGCUUCCAGUGAUAUGUGAUCCAUACUAAUGGAUUGACUAAGAACUUGUUUUGACUGCUGCAAUUUGUUUAAAAUGGGGGGUUGGCUUUAAGUUUGUGGGAAAGCAUAAUUUUAACACUGCCACACUUAUGGGAGGAGUAAAAAAGUAUGGAGGUAAAGAAAGAACUGGAAUCCAGUGUCACAAUGGCAGGCAGAGCUGGAGUAGCUGUGUCUGAUGAGUCUUGAUGGUUAGGGAAGGGGCAUUAUCACGCAUGUACUAUUUGCAUCAUCGGAUGAUGUAACCAUAGUCAUGAGCUUACAAUAAUUGUUAUGACAGCUGGACACUGCCAACCAUCUAUCACAGGAAGGAUGGAAAAAAAGUAGAUGAUGAGAAUCAAAGGAUUGUCAUUUCCUUACUUUUAGGCUAAGUACAAAAUAUUUAUGUAAAAAAAAAAAAAAAAUGGUUGGCACCACUGAAAACUUUUUGUUUUAGGGGAUCGAUGCAGUACAGGUUGAUAACUGUUUCCUCAACUGUGUUUGAAUAAAGUAAACAUCAUUGGCUGCUUUCACCUGACAGAUGGUGUCAGGAAUGUCAUGCCAAUAUUGAUUCCAAAUUAAUUUUUGCCAAAUAUUAAGUUGAAACAGUCACAACAUAUGCUUAGUUAAUACAUUACUAUGGAUCACAUAACAUAUAACACUGAAAGCCUGAUUUUGCUCAUCAUUACAUCUUGAUAAAAGGACAGCAAGAAGAAACUGAAGUUGUAUGAUCUUCACAACAAUGAAUGGCUUAGUUUUGAAAGAAAUACAAAGUAAAUGAUAUGUAUUAUUUGCUAUAUUUUAAUACAAAAAUUAUUUUAAUUAUUUAAAUAUGGUACUCUGCCUCACAGCUCCUUUAGAGAAAUUAAGUAGAGGUAUUGCUUUUCCCUCUGCUUUGGCCAGAGGAACAGACAGACACAGUGCAAUGCAAGAUGGCGCCACUAUAAACACUCGCCUGCGCCAGAACGGGCUAGGCCGACCAUCAGGCCCCACCGGGAAGAUGCCUACCAGCGCAAUAGGCAGCGACAUAAAAAAAGUGCUGCAUGUUAUAUUGUUUCACAAUGGGAAUUUUUUUUCUUAUUUCUGGAAACCCAUGUGUACAUACCAAGAUUUUGUCCUAUUAAAGAAAAUACAACAUGCCAAAUUAUGUGCAAUUUCACUAACAAACUCAUCAUCUAUGAACUUUUUGAUCUAUAAAUUACUCAUGCAUGUACAAGUGUCAUGAAGUUGUAAUGUACAAGCCUGAAACAUUCACUGUCACAGACUGCAUGAUUAAAAUUAAAUGAGCAAGACGAGUAAUUAUGGUGAGUUUGAUUGUAAAGUAAUUUCAGUGCACCUAAGUAAUAAAGUACAGUAUACUCCACAUUAUCUAUAUACAAUGUCCAAACUACAUUACAAUCUGCAAGAACAGCAGAAGCAGAAAUUAACUUUAGGGAAAUUUCAAAUAACUACAUUUUUAUGAUUAAAGCACUUGCCUUUUCCCAUUAUUCAGUACUAUGCCAUCUUAAAUGGGUGCUCUAGGCACCUCCAUCAGACUGUAGCUGUUUGUUAUUGAGGUUACUCCAGUCAGUAAACAUAUAAUGGUGAAGCACACUUUAGGCUUCAUGUCACUUAUUGCAGUGUACUGUCCUACUGCAAUAUGUGCAAUUGAAGAGGUGGUGUUCUAUGCUCAACUCUAUUCCAUACUGACCAGUGCUCCCCUUGGGAUGCACUCACUGUCUUGGGCAACUUUAACUUCAAUGUUACUAAUGGCAUUGAGAAAGCUAGCUAUGAGUUUUUUGUUGUUUCCUAUGGCACUCUGAUAACGGAAAGACCAACAGCUCACUCUGAAUUUUGCAAUAUCCAAUAGGUUGAGAAUUGCAGGCUCAUGAUAUCAGCAACCAGAGCUGAUCAUAGAUUUGUUGUUGCUACACUUGAGUUUUAUGUCAUUUCCAGAAGAAUCUCAAGAUGUAACUACAAGUUGUUUCACCUUGAGUAACUAUGAGUAUGCAUUGACAGUCUCAAAUCUGUUCAAUGCUUGGUACCCUUGAGUACUCUGUAGAAUUCUGGGAUGUGAAACUCACUAAACUGCAAGGAAUUACUGGAGUGCGCAUCAGAAUGGUAUCUGAGGGGUAAGGGAUCGGUGCCCCCCCCCCCCAUGUACGCUCUCAAUGAUUGAUUGUUAUGUGCCAUGUGUUCUUUCCCUUGCAUGUUACAGAACUGUUUCUGGAUCAUAGGAAAACAAACCUGGCAUUUAUUCCUGCCCUGCAGUGAUGCAACAUAGCAUUACCCUUCCCCAGCACUCGCACACCACUCCUAAGCCCUUGACCUUCCUUGCCAUCCUGUACAAUGAACCUUCUCUGCACAACUUCAUGAGCUUUCUUUUACCCUUAAUUAAAUGCAGCCAAAUCAGCAUAGGCAUAAUUUUAUCUGUAUUGGACUUUAUCAGGUGCCUAUUCAGCACUGUUGGCCAUCAAUCUAAAAGGAAUGUAUUGUCUGGAGUCCCAAUAUUUGAAACCUCAUACCCAUUAUAUGCAACUGGCCCCUCAUUUCUUCACAGAUUCUUGUGAGUACAUGCAACACAAAACAAACAAACAAACAAAAAAUCUUCCCAUCAGCUAUUUUAUCGAUUGUCUUCUAAUUUUGGCAUGAAUACCUAUGUAAAUUUUUACUUAGACCAAUUCAGCACAAACACUUCACUGAGUGUGCUGUAUGACCAGACAAUAACUGAUUAUUAUGCAAGCUUCAUAAUAAUCAGUAAUUUUCAUGGCUAGUAACAUCAUGGUGUCUAAAUAAAAUGACUAAACAGAUAUCAUACCGCUUAAAAUAUAUAAGCUUCAUCACUAUGACAAAUAUAGCACAACUGGUAUAUCAACAUCUCAUAGCCAAUCCUCAAAACCACACCUAACUUCACUGACUAUCUACACUUAGCAAAAAUCUGAUUAGUCUUUUUAAGCUGACAUUGGCCCGGCACUUUGACAAUACCUGUGAUAAUCAUAUGUAUCAAUAUUUUCUACUGACAGAGCUAUUCUUGUCAUAUGGCUUAUCUGAUGAUUGAACUGUUAAUGUUGUUACUGAUUGGACAACUGAUAUCAAAACCAGACCAAUGAUCUGGAAUGGGUUGUUGAAGGAUGGAUGAGGCUGUCAUGGGUCCUUAGAACAGAAAAUUAGCAUAAUGGAUGCAUAAUGAACUGAAUAAUUUUUACCAACGUUAUUGAUAUUCACAACAGCUGGGUGGCCCUUUGAAUAGAAAACUAGGUAAUUUCUAGAUGGUUUUAAGUUUUUGCCAGACUAAUGGAUACCUCAUGAACAGAGGCUGCAUCCUUAAUUAUCAAAGUAGAGCUUUCUUAAAUCUUAGUCUCAAAAGUACUUAAUCCUCUUUUUAAUUGUUUUACAUAAUAGUGAACGGUAACUGACAGCAGUAGCACCAUCAGUGCACCAACUUAUGUAAUAGUGCCACUGGGGCCAUCCAAGCUUUGCUGCAGCAGUAGAGACUGAACUCCCCACUUGGAUGUAUAAUGCAAAAUUCAUAAAUAUUAGUUAUUUGUAAUGGCUUUGGCUCUAUUGAUGUGGAUAAUGGAGUUUCUGUAUUUUAUAACAUUUGUGUGCCUUCUACUGUUGUUGCAGCUACACUUUAAUUUCUGUAGUUAUGGAGCUUUUCCAGCUCCUAAUAUCAUUUGUUUGAACAUUCAUUCUGGGAUUCUGUGUUGUCCAUUCCAACAUGAUUCAUUUAAUUUGCUUCACUAUCAAGCUGCCUCACUCUGCCAUGUAUUGUGACAAAGGAUACGUGUGUACACAUAGGAAUGGCGUCUGUGGUUUCCCUUAUCAAGGACCUGGUGGGGCUGGUCCAUACGAGACAACAAAAAAUGCACCCCUAUAUGUUUGAUGUUUUUUUACUCAAGUAAUGCAGUAGAGUUACAUAGCUGACAAAUCCAUGCCUUGUAAUUUAAAAAGUCAAGUCAUUACUAGAGCUGGUGCUAAAAUAAAAAUGCUAUAGUUCAAACCAUUUUCAAUGCUGACACAUAAUGACAAUUAAAUGGAAAUUUUCACUCUUGCUUAUUAGUAAAAUAAUAAAAAUUACGUUACCUACAAGAGGUGGUCUCAAAAUACCGCACACUUUCUCAGCCUUAUGAUAUCAAGAUUUUACUCAUUAUCUUUGCAACAACAGUCUAAAAAGAAAAUAAUUUAAUUGUUAUUAUAUGACAAGAAAUUACAGAAAAUUCUCAUUACUUGGAUUUAUAAGUUGCACCCCACUGAAGGGUAGGACAUUAGUUACUAGCAUACAGCAGCAUAUACAAAGUGGGAAUGUUAAAUGCACUUAGAAAUGGAGGUGCUAAUGAGUAUGACAAUACAAGUAGUCACUACCACGUGUUCUAUAUAUAGCAGCCGGCAGAAUAUGUCCCAUCUACUCAAAAAGCUCUCAGUCUGCCCCACCGUACCUGAAUCUCUGCCUACAGUCUCUACAGUGCUCUUGUGUGAAAGGUUUGCCAAAGAAAAGAUGAAAGUUGGCCAGGAAUCAAACAGAAAACACUAAGAAAGAACUAGUUUGAGUUUAUAAUAACUGAUGAGAAAGCAACCUAUUUUUACUUGUCACAAUCAUGAGUUGAUCAACUGAAUCAGUCCUAAAAACAAAUCACAAAAUUGGAACUUGUUAUAUCAAUACACAUGUGUGUAAUUUUACUAGUGCUAUUUUUACAGAAUAUUUUCUGAUAAAAGUAUCUAAUCAGGAGUUUUAACUCUUUCCUAGUGGUUAGCAAGGUGUUUUAUGUUUGUUCAGUGCUUACCUGUUGCAUGUGGAGAAUAAAGAGCAGUAACGCCACAUGCAAGUAAAGAAUCAGGAGUUUUAGGAAAAAUUUAUCAUUGUUAGAGAAAGGUGAAUUGUCUUGCAAUCUGGUCAUGUCAGGUAUGCAACCCAACUGCAUUGCAUACAAGUGUAUGAAGCAAGUUAAAUUGUCUAUCUGGACAGCACCCACUACUCCCCCUCGUCACACCCCACACCCUGUGCUUGGUGCCACCCCAGCGGUGUCUUGGUUGGCCAUUAACCACCGCUGCCAUUUGGUGCCACAGACUUUAGGUGAAACAAGGAUUGAUCUUACUCUUGUAAUUAUCAUAUGCUCUGAAUAAAUAUCUUUUUUAGCAA